UAUCACUCUUCAUUCUUCACCAUUUAAGUCUUAUUCUUUCUGAAUUUCGAUUUCUCUAGUCCAAAAGCAUAGCAAUUAAUCUCUCUAUUGCCAGGUGACAGAGCUAUUAACUCUAAGGCAGUUGGUUUAUAGUUUACACAAUUGUGAAAGAUACCAAUUAGCUGUAGUUUUCAACAAUUGACAUGGACGUUGUUGAGACUUGUGAAGAAGAAACGCUUUGUUCUGGAACGCCUUCAACCAAACGUAGUCUCCCAUCAAUUGAGGAGGAAGUUGUGGGGUUUGAGAAAGAUGCAGAAAGUAUAAUAAAGAAAAUGAUUCAAGGAACAAAGGAGCUAGAUGUUAUCUCAAUCUAUGGAAUGCCAGGUCACGGAAAAACAACUUUGGCCAGGAAAGUGUACAACAAUCCUUCUAUUGUUAAUUACUUUGAUGUUAAAGCUUGGUGUUCUGUUUCGCAAGCAUAUUAUAGGAUAAAGUUGUUGGGUGAGAUUUUCAAUCAAGUAACAGGUUAUAAGAGCGAAAUUGAUGAUGAUGUUGACAUAGCUGACAAGUUGCAGAAGACUCUAAAAGGCAGGAGAUACCUCAUUGUCUUAGAUGAUAUAUGGAAAGUCGAGGCGUGGGAAGACCUGGGAUUAUGUUUCCCUAAAGGCGAAGAUGGAAGUAGAGUAAUGGUAACAACUCGAAUUGAAGAAGUGGCUAAGCAUCUCCAGCACUGCAGUGAUCCUUAUUCUCUUAGAUUUCUAACAUUGGAAGAGAGUUGGGAAUUAUUACAGAAGAAAGUAUUUCAAGGCGAGAGUUGUCCCCCGAAUCUACAGGGACCAGGGUUAAAAGUUGCCCAACACUGCAAAGGUUUGCCGCUUGUAAUUGUCCUGAUUGCUGGAAUUAUUGGAAAAAUGGAAAGGCAGGAGUCUUUGUGGCUUGAGGUUGCAAAUGACUUAAGUUCUCAUGCUUUAGAUGAGCAGAGUAUGAAUGUAAUACAAUCAAGUUACGACCAUUUAGAAGACCACUUAAAGCCUUGCCUUCUUUACAUGGGAUUGUUUCCGGAAGACUUUAAGAUUCCAGUAUAUGAUUUGCUGAAGUUGUGGAUGGCAGAAGAGUUUGUACUCAAUGUCGAGACAGAAAAUAUGGAGGAAGCAGCUAGAGUUUGCUUAAAUGAUCUACUUAAUAGAA